UAGCAGCGGGCAGUUGGUUUGUGUCCACCGUCAUGGACAGGCAGAGUCGAGUCUUUGCUGCGAUCCUACCGGCUGCUGCUGGUCGGGAAUUUGCCGGUAAUGAAAGAGAGCAGGGACUAGAAGAGCGAGUAGUUAACUACCGUCAAAGUGCCGGUAACCGGGUAGUACGGGAAGUCCAGGUGACGGGAACAGCGGAGGUUUGUUGUCCGGCGGACCGGGUGUCGGUGCGGGUCAGUGUGGGCAACAACAAAGAGUCCGUCAACGAGGUGACCAACAGCAUCUCACGGAGAAUUGAAUACAUCCUACAAGCUGUCAGACAACAUGGUGUCAGUGACCAAGACACCUCAGUGAGGAGGUUUCUCCACCGAGAGGCAGACCAGUAUCACAUGGAUGCAGAGGUCGUGGUCACUUUCUCCGAUUUUGAGAAGAUGGAGCGAGUAUGUAGGGUCCUGCUGGAGAAGCUGGACAAGAGUGUUUGUGUGGGAACACCACAGUUCUACCACAGUGUCGAAAGCCUAAGUCUAAUGAGGCGGCGUGCGUGUGUGUCAGCAGUUGAAAAUGCUCAGCAGAAGGCCUGCGAAGUCGGUCAGCUCCUGGGGCAAACUCUGGGACCCCCCCUUCUGGUCCGAGAGGAGGAGACAAGGGAGCGGAGGAAUGAGGACGAUGAGGAUGGAGGCAGAUGCCAGGAUGCUGCACGCCUUCCUCACCUUCCACGCAUUCCCACAAUCACUGCCUCCUCACAGGUGUCUGUCUCCUUCGGCCUCAGAGACAAGAGCAGGAAAAAACUCUAGAGACAUUUGUCACUGACUCGUGAAACCAAAGAGCAUUUUGUCACAGUUCAUAUUAUUUUAUUGCUUAGUUGUGAUGGCUAAAUAAAAGUGCAAUUUUUCAAA